GCGGACGGUUCAGCGUACUCUCGGAAACAUGAGUAAAGAAAUUAAGAGAGCAGGGCAACCACAGACUGCAAGGGAGCCGUCGCUGCAUCCCUUAGCAGUACCCCUGUUUCCCACUGCAAGCAAAUACCUGCAGGAGAAAUGGGACAAGGCUGCGCACGACAUGGCACAGACCAAGGUGAUGACAGCAAAACCAGUGGUAAACACGGGUCCACCAAAGACAUAUAGUCACCUCACUCCCAAGCAGAAGAAUCACAAGACUGAAUCGCUGAGGAUGCUGGAGAUUCAGAGAGAAAACAAUAGGCUUAGAGAGAGUAUAUCACAUAUUAUGAGCACACCUGGAAGAGUUGACAACUGGAAUUUCUAUGAAAAGAAAAGCCUUGGGAACAAAAAUCAGCAGCUGGAAAUGCUCAGAAUUGCCCAAGAGAAUCAAAGGAUCCAGCUUAAACUGAGCCAGUGUAAACCUUUCUAUAGUGUGUGGGCUUGGCACGAGGAUUGGCUCAAAACUACCGAAGUGAUGGAAAGAAUUAGUCACUAUCCUCAUGACAGAGAAAAUCAGCAAAAGGUGUCCUUUUCUUUCUUCCUUGUGUGUAUUAAAGCUGCAUUGCAUUCCUUAACUUCUAUGCUCUAUAUGCUUUUGUUUCACACUAUAUGUACAAAUCAGAUAAAAAUGUGAACACCUGAUCUCAUGUGUCACUGCUGGGGACAAGAAAAAAGCAGCAAGGUAAGCAGGAAAUGUGGUGCAAAACAAAAGAAGGAAAACGAGCAACAAGGAAGAGGAUACAGGAAUACCGAUACCUUUAAACCAAAUGCACUACCAAAUGAGAAAAGGAAUGAAAGAAAGAAAUCACAAGAUACACCCUAAAAUCCAAAAUAAAUAAAUUAAAGCAGUCAUUCCAUUGAAAAGUCAUAUGUUUUUGAUGUAUUUAAAAAUGCCAAGGACUCCUAAUAAACCUAAAAAUAAAAACAAGAAAAAUGUUAAUGCCGUGCAGUAUUUGUUAUUCUGUGAUUAGGUAAGUAAUUUUAAAUGCAGUUUUC